AUUGCCGGUUCAGCUGUUUGUGUGUACUUACUUGCUUGCAGAAGUUGCAGUGACUACACUCUGCGAGUCCGCAGUCAUCGGCAAAAUGUGCAAGUUUCGAAGUAAAUGCGUCCAUGCAGAGCCAGAUGGCAUGAUUGUUUGCCUCGGAGGUUUGUCAAUUGCAAGAGGCAGUCAGUCAACGUUUUGCGGAGUUUUGUUCAAAGAUUUUUAAAAAUUUGUGAUAUAUGUUAGUUAUCGUAUGGUCUUUCCACCGUUUUCCGAUUGACAGUAUAAGGUUGUGACGCUACGUGUGCAGCCAGUGUGCUCCAAAUCUUUUUUUAGAGAUUGAAAGCACUAAUCAGCAUGGAUGUGCUUCAUGGUUUGGUUAAUGGAAUGAAAGUGUCCGAUGAGAAGGUGCACUGUGAUUAUGCAGGCGAUCCAACUCGUUCAUCCGAGCUGAUCAUCAACAGCAAGAAACCGUUCAACGCCGAAACUCCCGGUGGGAUCCUUGUCAAGCAUUUUGUAACACCGGUCGAUCUUUUCUACGUUCGUAAUCAUGGUCCGGUUCCGGAAAUUGAUCCCAAAACAUACGAGUUUUCUGUAUCUGGCUUGGUUGGUCAGCCGUUUAAGAUGUCCCUAGCGGAACUGCAGGAUAGUGCGAAUCAUGUCACCAUCAGUGCCACAUUAAUGUGCGCUGGAAAUCGACGAAAUGAGCUCAAGGAUAUCAAGCCUGUGAAGGGUGUUGGGUGGGAAAUCGGUGCAAUAGGUAAUGCUGAAUGGACGGGCGUACCAUUGCGAGACGUUCUGGAAAAGGCUAAAAUUGAUCUCAACAACCCAAGACUGCAUGUUGAAUUUGUCGGCGAGGAAGAUUGUGAAGAAAUUACGAAGUACGGAUCGUCCAUUCCACUUUCAAAAGCCAUGGAUCCCAAGGGUGAUGUGAUUUUGGCAUGGGCAAUGAAUGGAAAACCUUUGUCACGCGACCACGGUCAUCCCUUGCGAGCCGUUGUUCCAGGUUUUAUUGGAGCGCGAAGUGUUAAAUGGAUAAAGGAGAUCAACAUCAUAGACGGGGAAUCGCAAAAUCGUUUCCAGCAAAAAGAUUACAAAUUAUUUCUGCCUAGCGUUGACUGGGACAAAGUGGACGAGCUAUGGGAUAAAUCUGUUCCAAUUUCUUGGCUGGCAGUGCAGUCUGCUAUCUGUCAACCACAAAAUAACGAGGUUAUCCCUAAAGACCAACCAUACAGCAUAAAAGGUUAUGCUUUAUCUAACGGAUCUCGAAUUGUUCGUGUCGAUGUGUCGCUGAACAGCGGCAAAGAUUGGCAAGUAGCAGAUAUUGUGCAUCAGGAUAAACAGGAACAGAAAGGAUGGGAAAAUCGCUAUUGGAGCUGGAGCUUGUGGACGCUUAAUGUGGAUAAGUUUCCUUCACCUUGCACAGUUGUGUGCCGUGCCUGGGACAUAUGCUCCAAUACGCAACCGGAAAAUGCAGCCAGUAUAUGGAAUCUGCGCGGUGUUAUGAAUAACGCUUGGCACCGUGUAAACGUCAAAGGUGCAUAGUGCGGUUUCUGUGCCUUGAUCGAUUUCUUCAGGCGAUUGUAUCUUAUAUUGAUUUCUGACAUCUUCGUGCUAUCAGUGCAGUAGAUUUUCUUUGACUGUUCACCUAUUUUUGUUCGAUAAUUUAUCAAAUUUUACUGGCUGCCAUAUUUUGUUAAUUCCCGGUGAGGACUGCAGCAGUAUAAUCCUGCUUAACCUGUUGCAUGAUUGCAGCACAAACUGUCAUUGGUGAUUGCUGAGUGAUUUUAAUUUCCGAAAUGUGUGGUGUAAUGUUUUAAUUUCUGUUUUUAUUCUCCAGUUCAUCAACUGUGUUAUUA